ACUGAGUCAAAACUACCCUUCAAUCUUUAAAGAAUCCUGUCCCAAAAUCAGUGGGCCAAUGUAGGCCCACGAUCAAAGCAAACAAACGUGCACAGAGAAACCCUAGAGUUAGGGUUUAAUUGCCCUCUCAAUUUCCACCACGAGAAAGUAUCUUUCUCUAAUUUGAUUGAUUUUUUGUGUUUUAUUCCAUCGAGAUUUGUGUUGGUGAAAUUUUGCUGCUAUCUCUUCAAUCGGCUUUAUUGUCCACUAUACGUUCAAAUCCAUGAUUGUUAGGAUGGAUCCCUCUCAUCAUAUUGAACAACAAGAAGACGACGAGUGGGACACUGAAGGAUUUGUGAUUCCAAGUUUGGGAAUUGAAGACUCAGAUCAAGAUAAACCUCAUGUUCUUGAUAUAGAAUCUUCUGAUUCUGCAUCAAAGGCUAAGAAGGAUGAAAACAUCUAUUUGGGUCCGCAUGGAGCGCAUCCUUCACUAGCAAAGCAGCAAGAGCUAAAUUCAUCUAACCGGAAGCAGAAGUUCAAGCAAAAGCUGAAAGAAGCUGACAAGAGAAUUAGUGGGACGGGUAGGGAGAAUAAGGUGGAUAACCUGAGGGAGCUUGUGGGUGGGGGAAAAUUAAGUGUCAACAAUGCAAAGGAAUCUCCCAAGGACUGGUUAGAUCCACAUUGUCAAGAAUCUGAGUUUGAGAGGAGGUAAUGCCCUCCACAUACAUUUGGUAUUAUAGAAAUGACAUGGGAGAUUUUGGUUUUUUUGAUCUGUUGUAUUCCUGGAGAUGCUCCACUUAAGCACCUUUUGUUACAUAGUUUGAUGUCAUCUCUUGAGACCCAAGUCUAAGCUUAUUUACUCUAAAGUUUAUUUACUCUGACAAUAAAUUUAUCAAUCAGUCGUUUGUAUCUCGGAGUAAACCAUGCUCUUUGUGGGAAUCGGAGACUUACUAUCUCAAUGAAUGCAA